AUGGAGACAGAAAUCGGCAACUCAGAAGCAGGAGAGCAUGUCGACUCCGAACGCACUGACGUUAUAUCAAAAUUACUUACCGUGCUUGGUGCUACUUAUGAAUCGAGCUCGAGCAAAUUGGAACUGAUUGGUGACAUUUAUGGCGAAAAAGGAGAGUUGCCUGUCCUUGAUGUAAAAAAUCUUUUAUCUCUUCGAUUGACACCACUGGAUUAUCAAAAAUAUUUGAAACUAUCAAGCAGGCUUGAAUCAAAUGGAGUCCUAUCCAAAACCAACAAAGUUUUUGAAUUCUUCGAGGCUCUUUCUCGCCCGGCCGCUUGGAACUCCUCCUUUUCCGUCAGAAACGAUGGUGAUAAUGAGCUGUUUACGCAACUAAAGAAUUCUGAUUUUCCUUCGUUCGAUUAUCUCGAUAGCUCGCUCAGCUCGACUUGGAAGCCUCGCGAAGCAGACAACCUCACUCUAGUCGGCCGAGCAACGGGCAAGCUUAUUCCAGAAACGAGGCUCGUCCGAGAUUGCCUCCUUGUCAUGAUUGGAGCUCACGGACAUUAUGUAAAAAUCGACCCGGCAAAUGGCUCUGUGCGCCCAUUUAUCGUCGACCCUGGUGUUCGAGUUGACCCGAGACACGCUUCGAUGAGCGAGUGCCUCGGCGAAUUCGGCUUCUACGUUAUCGAAAUUGAAAAACUCUUUGAAAUAAAAAAGAAUGACAACAGCGUAGUUUGCCGCACAUUUUUGACUAUACUCCACGAAAUAAUGAAUGAAUACAAGCAGUUUGUAGCCAAUUUCAAAACGCAGAAAAACGUCACAUUCAUGAGUAUCAUUGCAGCAGGGAAUAUCUGGCUUCAAAAAUUGGAAUUGUUGUAUUUGAUCACAUGGAAUAUUCGGGAGAAGCGAGGUGCACCGAUCUUAUCCGUGGUGCAUCAUUUUUCUGUUCAUGGAGGAGCGGAAAUUUCAGAAAUGGUCCAUAGAAUUCUAGCAGUUUUACAGAAAACCUACGAACAGAUGAUCUACCGGUGGAUUUUUGAAGGACAGAUCAAAGACUCCUGCGAUGAGUUUAUGAUAGAUGAAAGACGAAACGCUAAGCCAGAAGAAUUCUGGUCAAACAAGUACUACCUCCGAAAAACCCACAUGCCUAGUUAUAUUAAAACCUCGUUUGCUGAUGCAAUUCUUCUCUGUGGCAAGAACAUUAGUUUCUUGAGAAGUGAGUGUGGACAAGUGGUUCGAAAUCUUCAGCAAGAAGCCGUGGCGGAUUAUAACGCGCUUCCGGAAGAGAUGAAAUAUAAAGAUAGGCUUGAGCAUUUUGUCAAAUUUUGCUCCCGAACAACAUCAGAAAAAGUAGUCAAAGUUCUGCUGGAAGAAUACCAUCUAAAAGAUCAUUUUGUCGGGCUCAGGCAAUACAUGUUAUUAGGGCACGGCGAUUUCAUUCAAGCUCUUUUUGACAAAUUGAGAAGCGAUCUUGACCAGCCAGCCGAAGUUAUCUUCCGCCACAACUUUAAAGAACCACUUUCGUUUGCGAUCGAUACAUCAACAGCUGAUAAUGACAAGGAAUAUGUGAAAAAAUGCGUGAGCGUCAGACUGCACGAUAUAAAUCCAGGAGAUACUGGAUGGGAUGUCUUCAGCUUGAACUAUUCUGUUGAAGGACCACUUGUAGCGAUUUUUCCGGUUACUGUUAUGCGCCGAUAUAUACGGAUUUUCAACUUCUUGCUCCGAGCAAAGAGAAUGGAGCACAAUCUCAAUUACGUUUGGGGUCAGUCAAUGUGUUUGAAGCACUACCCACGCGCACUGCCAAACGUUACCGACAUUUUCACCUCAAUAAGCCGCUUACUGCAAGAAAUGCUCUUUUUCGUCAAUAAAUUACAGUACUUUAUCAAUAUCGAAGUCGUUGGCGUCGCUUGGUCGAGGCUAGAAGAAAACAUAGAAAGUGCAAAGAAUGUUGAUGAUCUUUUUGAGGCGCAUCUCAAGUUUUUGAGGAAAAUUGAGGACGGUUGUCUCUUGAGCCAGGAGCAUUGGCAGAAAGUUCAAACUAUAAGGUCUGUUUUUGACCAAAUCGUGCGUUUCGAAACACUCGCCAAGAAGGUCUUCUCCGAGACGGAAGCAUUUUGCUCCUUCCCUGAUCAAAAUGCCGCCUUCCCGACAAACCUGAUCAAACACACCAUCACAUUGGGAAAUAUCCGUCAUGUUUAUCAGCAAAUGGUCCGAUCCUUCCUGGACAUUAUCAAAACUCAAAGCAACCAAACACUAUCAACGCUCUCGUGGUCACUCAACUACAGCGAUUUUUAUACUGUAACUGCACUACCGACAAGCUAG